UCGCCCAACAAGAAUUUGUAUGUUCCGGAUGCAACGGAGAAGCAGUUUCGCCGAAAUCUCAUAACGAAAGUCAAUCCCCAAGGUCACCCACCAUAAGCUCCAACGAGCGCAUCACUGAAACAUGACGGAACUCAACGACCUUAUAGACACAGUCUUGGGCUACUUGUCCCAAGGCUUCGAGAAUCUCAAGCACAAUGCCGAACACUAUGCAUCCAUGUCUCUCAAGGAAUGGGUCCGCAUCGUAACCAUCGUGGGCGCCUACCUCCUCCUCCGUCCGUACCUAAGCCAAUGGGCCGCCAAACUACAAUCCGCGGAGCACGACAAGGAAAUCGACGCCGAUGAGUUGGCCACCCCGGCCACCGGGCCCAAAGCAGCCAUCAGCGCCAACUCCCUGCGCGGACAAGUCGAGGUGCCCGAGGAUAGCGAGAGCGACGAGGACACGGGCGAGGCUGUGGAGGCGACGGCGCAGACGACCAGUGCAAACUGGGGCAAGAAGGCGAGGAAGCGCCAACGGGCGAUGAUCAAGCGGAUUAUUGAGGCGGAUGAGAAGUUGAGGGCCGAGACGGAGGCGUAUGAUGAUGAGGAGGAUAAGGACAUCGAGCAGUACCUGACGUAAGGGCGGGGGCUACAGUGUAGGAGGAUAUAUGACUACGGAGACUGGCAUCAUGGCUUUACGGGGGAUGUUGGAAUAGCGAAGGAGGCGUUUGGGAAUGGGGAAUGGGAGUAUAGAAAUGAGGC